UGCUCCUGAGUGGCUGGGUGCCGCGGUGCUCGGCGUCGGGUCCUUGUCGGGAGCGCGCGCGCGCGUUCGUUUUGAAGCCUGCGGUCGGUAGCGCGAGCUCGGUGGAGCGGAGCAGCGCGUGAGGGUUUACACUAUAAUAAUCUCCUGGGGAGGAAAAAACAAACAAACAAACAAAUACAGAUCCACAUCCAGAGCCCACGGAGGAGAGAGAGAGAGAGAGAGAAAUCUAUUCAGCGUAAAGCCUUUAGGAGAUGGGAGUUGGGUUUCUGGCCACAAGUGAGAGGUUCAAAGUGCGACUCGACUCUCCACUGAGACGCCGUGCUCAUCACCAAUGAUCUCCCUGUCGUGAACUCGGCACGCUGCAGCCAUGUUCAGGAACAGCUUGAAGGCGCUGCUCAGCGGCGGAAAGUCCAACCGCAAGAACCGGAACAGCGGUGGGCCCCCAGGGGACAGUGAGUGUGUGUUUGAGGGUGAUUAUGCCGUGUCUCCUCUCCCGGUGACUGACGGAAUGCAGCACAUCCGCAUCAUGGAGGGAGUGUCUCGCUCUCUGCCCUCCUCACCGCUCCUCUCACACCAGGCCCUCAGCAUGAGACUACAGCCACUCAAGAGACUCCCGGGAGAGGACAGUCAGGAUCUGGGUCCCCCUCCAUCCGUGGACGAGGCCGCUAACACCCUGAUGACACGACUCGGGUUCUUGCUUGGGGACAAAAUGGCGGAGGGGUCCGACAGAGCUGCGUACGGCUUCGAAGAACCAGAGGAAAGUCAGGCUGUCUCCAUGACCCAGAGAAUCAGUCCAUGUUCCAGCCUGGCCAGCAGCUCGGCGUCGCCCCCUCCUGGCAGCCCCUGCUCCACUCUUCCGGCUGGUGGUCCUGGCAGUGCUGGUGCCUACGGCUCCAUCACAAGCCCCACGUCCACACUGGAGAGCAGAGACAGUGGCAUCAUUGCCACACUGACUAGUUACUCGGAGAAUGCAGAUCGGAGUGGGAAGCACAGCGAUGGCUCCCGCCUCAAACUGCGGCAGACGGGGAAGUCUUCAGGCGGAGACUCCUUCCUGUACCGCGUGGACGAGAACAUGGCCGCCUCCACAUACAGCCUCAACAAAAUCCCAGAGAGAAGCCUGGAGCACUCCGCCUCCCACUCCGCUCACUCCAUCCCCCUCUACCUCAUGCCCCGCCCAAACUCCGUGGCCGCUACAAGUUCUGCUCACCUGGAGGACUUGGCGUAUCUGGAUGAGCAGCGCCAGGCUCCAUUGCGGACGUCCCUGCGAAUGCCCCGCCAGAACUCCGGUGCCGGACGAUCCGGGAAUGACCUAAGAGCCUGCACUAGCAUCCCCGCCUGGCAGUCUAACUCGUUGCGGUUCGCUCCAUACCGCGCACCGGACAUCGCGCUGAAGCCCCUGCUGUUCGAGGUGCCCAGUGUGACGCCCGACUCUGUGUUCACGGGACGGGAGUGGCUCUUCCAGGAAGUGGAUGCUCAUCUGCGCAGCGGUGAAGCUACCAGUCGGGGCGUGGUCAUCGUGGGCAACGUGGGUUUCGGGAAAACCGCCAUCAUCUCUCGUCUGGUGGCUCUGAGCUGCCACGGCAACCGCAUGAGACAGAUCGCCUCAGAGAGUCCACAUGCCUCGCCCAAACAUGGAGACACGUUGCCCCUCAGUCAGCCCCAGUCGGCUCAUGGGACGCUGGUUGGAGGCAGCAGUUGCCCUGGGACUCCUGAGAUGAGGCGACGACAGGAGGAGGCUCUCAGGAGACUCGCAUCUCAGGUGGUGGCGUAUCACUACUGCCAGGCGGAUAACGCCUACACGUGUCUGGUGCCGGAGUUCGUACACAACAUCGCGGCGUUGCUGUGUCGAGCUCCUCAGCUACAGGCGUACAGAGAGCUGCUACUGCGACAGCCGCACCUCCAGAGCCUGCUCAGCCUGCGCUCCUGCGUCCAGGAACCAAUCACAGCCUUCAGCCGCGGCCUGCUCGAACCACUGCACGCACUACACAGGGAGCAUAAGGUGGCAUGCGAUGAAGAUCUGAUCGUCCUGAUCGACGGCCUGAACGAGGCCGAGUUCCACAAACCAGACUACGGCGACACAAUCGUCUCCUUCCUGUGUAAAACCAUCGAGCGUUUCCCUCCGUGGCUCAAACUGGUGGUGACCGUCAGGACCUCGCUACAGGAGGUCACUCGACCGCUGCCGUUCCACCGGAUCUCUCUGGACCACCUGGAUGAGAGUGACGCCAUCGACUCGGACCUUCAGGGUUACAUCCUGCACCGCCUGCACUCCAGCCAGGAGAUCCAGAACAACGUGGCGCUGAAUGGGAAGCUGGACAACGCCGCCUUCACCAAACUCAGCGCUCAUCUGAAAGGCCUGAGCCGCGGCUCGUACCUGUACCUGAAGCUCACGCUCGACCUGAUCGAAAAGGGCUACCUGGUCCUAAAGAGCUCCAGCUACAAGGUGGUGCCGGUGAGCCUGGCGGAGGUCUACCUGCUGCUGCUGAACAUGCGUUUCCCCACGCAGUCGUCGUUUGAGCGAGUGUUGCCGCUGCUCAACGUGGCCGUGGCGUCUCUGCACCCGCUGACGGACGAGCAGGCAUUGGGGACGGUGAACGCCGGGGUCGUACGUGGCACGGCGCUCCACUGGGACGACUUCCAGCAGCGCGCCGAGCUCCUCGCACCCUUCCUCAUGAAGAGGAGGGACGGCACACGCAUGUUCGUCCACGCCUCCUUCAGAGAGUGGCUCAUCUGGAGAGAGGACGGAGAGAAGACCAAGUUCCUCUGUGACCCCAGGAGCGGUCACACACUGCUGGCCUUCUGGUUCUCGCGGCAGGAAGGCAAACUGAACCGCCAGCAAACCAUCGAGCUCGGCCACCACAUUCUCAAAGCACACAUCUUCAAGGGUCUGAGUAAGAAGGUCGGGGUUUCCUCGUCUGUGCUGCAGGGGCUGUGGGUGUCGUACAGUACAGAGGGUCUGUCUGCUGCUCUCGCAUCCCUGCGCAACCUCUACACCCCCAACAUCAAGGUCUCUCGUCUGCUCAUUCUGGGCGGAGCCAAUGUGAACUACCGUACGGAGGUGUUGAACAAUGCUCCGGUGCUGUGUGUGUACGCACACCUGGGGUAUGUGGAGAUGGUGACGCUGUUGCUGGAGUUUGGUGCUGAUGUUAACGGCGCAUCAGAGAGCGGCCUCACACCGCUGGGCUACGCAGCCGCCGCUGGUCACCUGACCAUCAUCACCACCCUCUGCUCCAAAAACGCAAAGGUGGACCACGUGGACAGGAACGGCCAGUGUCCUCUGGUGCACGCGGCUCUGAGGGGACACCUGGAGGUGGUGAAGUUCCUGCUAGAGUGUGAGUGGAGCUCUGAGGUGGCGUUCAGCAAAACACACGCUGUACAGCAGGCUCUUAUAGCAGCGGCUAGCAUGGGUUAUACUGAGAUUGCGUCGUACCUGUUGGACCUUAAAGAUGAAGAUGAGGAAGAGCGGCCUCACAUCAACAGCUUCGACACACUGUGGGGAGAAACAGCUCUGACUGCAGCAGCAGGCAGAGGGAAGUUGGAUGUGUGCAGGUUGUUGUUGGAGCAGGGAGCCAUCGUGUCUCAGCCUAACCGCCGUGGCAUCGUCCCGCUGUUCAGCGCCGUCCGUCAGGGCCACUGGCAGAUUGUGGAGCUGCUUCAGAAUCACGGUGCCGAUGUGAACAUGGCGGAUAAACAGGGCCGCACUCCUCUGAUGGUCGCCGCGUCUGAGGGCCAUCUGGCCACAGCGGAGUUCCUGCUAGAGCAGGGUGCUUCACUGGCGCUGAUGGAUAAGGAGGGGCUCACAGCUCUGAGCUGGGCGUGUCUGAAAGGCCACCUCCCAUUGGUCCGUGCAUUGGUGGAGAGAGGAGCGGCAACGGCGCACGCCGACAAGAGCGGCCGGACACCGCUGGACCUCGCUGCCUUCUACGGAGACUCGGAAGUGGUACAGUUCCUCGUGGAACACGGUGCCAUGAUCGAGCAUGUGGACUACAGCGGUAUGAGGCCUCUGGACCGAGCCGUGGGCUGCAGGAACACAUCGGUGGUGGUGGCCCUGCUGAAGAAGGGUGCCAAGAUAGGUCCAGCAACGUGGGCCAUGGCCACCUCCAAGCCAGACAUCAUGAUUGUCCUCCUGAGCAAGCUGAUUGAGGAAGGAGAUGGAUUCUACAAGAAAGGAAAGGUGAAGGAAGCAGCCCAGCGCUAUCAGUACGCUCUGAAGAAGUUCCCUCGCGAAGGUUUCACCGAGGACCUGAAGAGUUUCCGCGAGCUUAAAGUCUCCCUGCUGCUUAACCUGUCUCGUUGCCGCCGCAAAAUGAACGACUUUGGCAUGGCGGAGGAGUUUGCCUCCAGAGCUCUAGAGUUGAAACCCAAAUCCUAUGAGGCCUUUUACGCACGAGCCCGCGCCAAACGCAGCAGCAGGCAAUUCCACGCAGCCCUGGAGGACCUGAGUGAAGCCAUACGCCUGUGUCCCAAUAACCGUGAGAUCCAGCGUCUGCUGCAGCGUGUGGAGGAGGAGUGUCGCCAAGUCGCUCAGCAACAGCAGCUGGAUCUGCCUCCUUCCCCUCCCCAUGAGCAAGCCCCAGCAAUGGUGCCACAUCCUCCUCCGCUGGAGCCUCGCCUGUCUGACAUGGAGCCAGUGCAGGACCUGUUUGAAGAGGACGAAGAUUACCUGGAGCGGGACUUGGAUGGUCUUCCACUAGCUGUGACUGCUGAGCCGCGUUCCAGUCCUUCAGGUCUGCCUGUCAUUCAGAACAUGCCACCUUCCCCAAGCCACUUGCCCUAUCUUUCUGGAAGUGCUUCCAUGGGCCAGGCCUAUGAUCUACGGCCCAGUCCUCCUUCUAUGUCCUCUCCGACACGUCAGGGUUACCAGUCCACCUCUCCAUCGCUCUCUCCAACUCACCAGACCUCCCACUAUCGUCCAAGUCCCCCUCACACCUCCCCAGCCCAUCAAGCUUCCUCUUCUUCCUCCUCCUCAUCCUACCACUUCAGUCCCCCUGCCUCACCCUUACGCCGUGGAGCUUACACCUCAGAGAAUGCAGCCAUCUACAGACCACAGUCUGCCUCUGUCAGCUCAAACCGCUAUCAACAAGAGGCGCUUUCUGGCAGGCCCAAAUCACCACUGGCUAAAAUGGGCAGCCAGCGCUCACUGCAGCAGCAAACCCAGUGGCUGCAGCCAGCCAAGGCCCAGAUCGUCCGCACAAAUCAGACCAGUGGUUCAGUCCACUCCAGUGCUUACUCUCAUGUGGCCCAAUCCAUGAGGGGUCACGUUCCUGGGGAUGUCGACGAGAUUGGGGAAGUAGCCUAUUCGAGCCCACUGCAGAUUCAGAGCAGUGUGUACAUAGAAGAGGAGCUCCCUCAGAGGCCCUCACAUGCAUACAGGCCAAGUAUCACAGGCCCCCGUUAUGGUCAAAUGGCACCACAGAUAAGCCGCAGCCAGUCAGCUGCUUAUUAUCCUAUCCAGCCACAUGAAAUUGAGCGUCAACCUCAGUUAUCAUCACCCGAGCAUCCUCAUGGUCUCCGGCGCCCACUAAGUGCCACUGGCCCUACACCACGGCCUCUUAUCCACUCUCAGAGCACUGGUCUGCGCUUCUCACCCUCUAGCAGCAGUCUGGCAGCUGGAUCCACCUCUAAUUUAGGUCCAGGCUUCAGGCCCUCGGCUUCAGCACAACAAAUGGAGAUCCCACUGAAGCUGGCAUACGAGGGUGGGUACAGCGAUGACCUGUCACCAGUUUCUCCACCACAAGGGACUGACAUGCGGCUUUUAGGGGGGACUUACCCAGGUGAGGCUAUGCGGGCACGCAGCACACCCUUCAUGGGUAUCAUAGACAAGACAGCACGGACUCAGCAGUUUCUUCAGCAACCUUCGUCCUCUUCCCCUUCAUCACGCACCUGGGCCGUGUCGUCUUUAGACACUGUGGUCUCCAGUCCUGCCACAUCACCUGGCAACAUGACCUAUGGGCACCUUGCUUACUACAAUCGCACCAACAAUGCCCACAAUGGACACCUAGUGGAGGAUGACUACUAUCGGCCAGAUAACUCAGGCCGGGUGAGUCAGGCACCUACAUACCCAGAUGUUAAGGUGGCACGAACACUACCGGUCUCGCAGGCCUAUCAGGACACCGACUACAGACAGGUUGGACAUGGCGAGCGUCAAGGUCCUUCCUCUCCUAUCAAACCAAAGAGGCCGUUUGUUGAGUCCAAUGUUUGAGGCAUACCUUUUAGAUAUGUACUAGGACUCACAUGGUUUCCCCCUUCACUUUGAUGUAAUCCGAUCUAAAAAACUGAAUAUAUGGACCUGAAAGGAGAUGUUGUAGAAAGCAUCUGCUUUGGGAUCAGGACAUGCAGGAUGCUUCAGGAGCCUCGAUUGGAGUGGACCGCUAUAACUGCUGUAUGCUUGCUAGAGAUGCGGCAAUACGGAAUAUUGGUAUCAGUCAUACAGAUAGUCUGACCACAUGUGGCUUUCAGAAAAGGGACAUCAUCAGUAGUCUCCUGAAAUAACAUAAUAAAGUAAGCUUGGUUAUUUAGAUGGGUAAGAGUACGACAGAGCAGAAUGCAUCCAAUAUGCAAGACUUGUGCAAACUCAUCUGGUGAUUUAACCCUAAAAUUGCAUUGGUAUAAAUUGCCAUUUGUAAGAAUUGGUGGACUAGAGCUUCUCAAAAGCUAGUAUGUACUCCUGACACACCAAGCUGUCUGUUGUCCUUAGUUUUUAUUGUGUUUGCCACGUAGUUAACACUAAUCGACUGGUUCAAGGCCUCUGCAUACUUCAUGGGGAGACGGUAUUUGGCUGGCUUCUACAAAAAAUACAAUGUACUGCAUGGACAAACAUGCUGUGAUCCCUGCAAACGAGGUGUGGCCAAACUAUUUCAUCCCAAAGUGGAUGACUUUGAAGGGUGGCGAUCUUUUUUUUUCUUUCCCCCGUAGUCAUGGGAAUCACCCAAAAUUUUAAUAGUGUUACCUACGUUUGGGGGGGCAAAGCACUUUUUGAGCUUGUAAGCAGGCUUUACCCAAACCUCACAGACCAAAUUACGUACGUUGUGAUCUGAAGCGUUGAAUAGUCGUCAGAGAGCCAGAGAAAGCAGUUUCGUUUCAGCUGAGCAAAUCGUUAAAGGGAAAGAAACACCAAAUCGAGCAAAGGAAGUCACCAAAGAAACAAAGCAAGAUUGUUUAAUCUGGUAAACAGUGACGUGAAAAUGAUAGCUUAGGCUAGUUUGUUUGAUUACAAUUCAUACUUCUGGAUUAAAUAUGAUAGUGUGCCAUGACAGCAGAGGUACUUAUAUACCAGUAAGACACAGGUGGAAUAUCACGUGUCACCCUUUUCACAAUUCUGGCUUGAUUUACGGUAAAUCUUGAAUUUGAAUACAGAUUAUCGCCCCCUGCUGGUAUGAAAAGAUAUUUUAGCUGUUUAAUUGGCUGUUUAAGUGCGUUUGCUAGUUUUUUGACAUUGGCUUGGUAUGUCAGGGUCUUUGCAAGGCCUUAGUUGUGCCUCCUGCCCACAUGAUGCAUUACGACAUGUUUACACUGUGUUGAGUGCAGAAUUUAUCCGAAAUCUUGCACCCUGAGAGAUCAGUCCAAAUUCUGUUCCCCUCCUACCUCGAGGGGAAACGUUUGAACGGGCCGUGAUGUUGCCAGGCUCCAUCCUUGAUCUGAAGCUUUCCUGAAGCCUCUUCUGUACUGUAUAUACGGCUGUAAAAGGUGAUCCCAAAUCAAUGUGUACUUAGCUAAAGUAACAAUAGAAUAUAAGGAAUAUUUAUCAAUUUAAGUUAUGUUUGUACAAAAGUAUAUACAUACUUUAUUUUGCUCUUGGUGAUGUGCUCCUUCUUGCUUCUGGUAGGUCAGUAAUGUGAACUUUUUUUUUUUUUUAACAUAUUUUAAGGGCAAUUUUGGUUUCAUGGAAAUGUUUCCAUGAUCAUUUAAAACGCUGUGCUGUGGUUUACGGAUGUCAGGAGUAUAAUCUCAAACGGCUCAAUCAUCUCACGUCAUGUAUGAAGGUAACAGAAUGUCAUGAGCAUGUGAAAGAUGUUUAUUUGGGAGAGGAUGAGGUCAUUAUGGAUUGUGUGCAUUAUAGAAGGAGAGGCUUCUUUUCAUUUCUUUUUUUUUUUGACACUUUUCCACUUAAAAUGUCAUUAAUUCUGUCACAUUGUAUUUAUUCCCGUAUUUUCAAAAAUUUUUUUUUUUUUUAGGAUUUUCUUAACCAUUUGUCAUGGCUUCCUUUAAACACCUGAUUACGCUGUGCGUUCGAUCAUCUUUCUGUUUUCCCUUCUUUCUUUCUUUUCAGCACUCUAUCAUUUGGCACUUUUUUCCCUUUGUUACACCGCAGGACUGGGAACUUCAUGUCCUCUGUUUUCAACUGCUGUCAAAAAAGGGUGGGUUUUUUCCUAAUGUGUUGAAAAACCAAUUCUCUCUGGUUAAUUAUGUAAAUGACUGUACAGACUGUGCUUAAUUAGAACGCAUGCUUUUUGCCGAUGCCCACGUUAACAUGGGUGUGUGUGUGUGAGUUUUCAGUUAUCAUUAAAGCAGGGAAAGGACGAUGCUUUAAUCAUUUCCCUCAUUCCCACGUUUUCCGGCACAGGUUUUUUUCUUUUUUUUUAAUUUCAGGUUCAUAAUGUUUUGGUUGUAUUUUGUUUGAAAUGUCAGUUUGCUAUGAGCAGAAUUCUCUGUACAUGGUUUUAAGUGGGAGUAAAAGAAGAGUAAAAGCCAGAAACAUGAAUGCAUUUUUAAUCCUGUUCCACGAUUGUAAACUGUACAAUCAGCUGUAUGUAAAGGAGAAAAUAAUGUAUUAAUUUAAGGAUUCAAAGAAACUCCCUCGGGGUCAAAUGA